AUGGCCGCAAAUGAAUAUCAGAAUCCUACUCAGCGUCUUCAUCAGGGAAAGGUAGCAGGGAUUCUGGAUGUUGAUGCUACUUCAGCCAUAGCUGCUCAGCUUAAGGCUCUUACUAUGAAGGUGGAUUCUUUGGUUGAAACACCCGUGCUCUCAUCUGAGUCUGAUAGUGGAAAAAUUGUUGUUGCAGCUGACAAGACUAAAAUCAACGAGGAAGCAAGCAAGGAUUCAGCCGAGAAGUCUAGCCCGAAAACUGAUAUUGGGGCCAAGCAAGUAUAUCCACCUCCACCUUUUCCGAAGAGACUUCAGAAGCAUAAGCUCGACAAACAAUUCGCCAAGUUUUUCGAGGUUUUCAAGAAAUUACAAAUCAACAUACCGUUUGCGGAGGCUCUAGAACAAAUGCCGAGUUAUGCUAAAUUCAUGAAAGGUAUUCUCUCUCGAAAACACAAACUUGAGGAAUUAGAGACUGUGGCUUUGACCGAGGAGUUUAGUGCUGUGUUGCAACAGAAAUUGCCCCCGAAGCUAAAAGUCCGGGAAGUUUCACAAUCCCGUCUGGCUGAUCGUUCGGUUACAUACCCAAGGGGGAUAGUUGAAGAUGUGUUGGUAAAGGUAGAUAAACUAAUCUUCCCUGCUAAUUUUGUCAUUCUCGACUUUGAGGAAGAUAAGAAGAUUCCCAUCAUCUUGGGGAGACCAUUCCUUGCGACGGGGCGGACUUUGAUUGAUGUUCAGAAGGGUGAACUCACAAUGAGAGUUCAAGAUCAGAUGGUCACUUUCAACGUGUUCAAUGCCAUAAAACUUCCAUCAGAUGAGGAGGAAUGCUCAUUCGGAAAUUGA